AUGGCCAGACAUCCUUCUAGUAUUCCGAUGAUAGAGUUUCUCAGAGGUCGGAUAUAUCUAGGCUCGUACAACCAUGCUCCAGAUGACAAUGACGAUUUUGUAUUUUUCACGGUUGAAGAUUCUUUGCCUUACAAUGCGUUCCAUUUAGAUUUUGGGCCAUUGCAUAUGGGGCAUUUGUACAGAUUUGCAGUGGUAUUACACAAUAUUUUGAAUGAUGAUUCGAAUCAGGGCAAAGCCAUCGUUCUUUACUCGUCUAGCAGUCCUCAGGCCAGAGCUAAUGCUACGUGUUUGCUCUGCUGUUAUAUGGUGUUAAUCCAAUCAUGGUCGCCGCAUCAGGUAUUACAACCGAUUUCUCAAAUAGAACCUCCUUUGAUGCCAUUUAGAGAUGCGGGUUACUCAGCGGCGGAUUUUGAAAUUACCAUCCAAGACAUUGUAUACGGUGUAUGGAGAGCGAAAGAAAGAGGAAUGCUUGAUUUGACCAAUUUCAACCUAGAAGAAUUCGAACAAUAUGAAAGGGUCGACCAAGGGGAUUUGAAUAUUGUCUCGAAGGAUUUCAUCGCGUUUGCAUCUCCGCAACAAUCAAAGCCGGGAAUGCCAUUAAAUGAACCGUUCAAGAAAGUAUUAGGGUUUUUCAAAAAGCAUGAUGUCAAAAUGGUGGUCAGAUUAAACAGUCACUUAUACGAUAGUAACGAGUUCACAAAAAGAGGGAUCCAACAUAUAGAUAUGAUUUUCGACGAUGGGACUUGUCCAACCAUGGAAUUUGUCCAGAACUUCAUUGGGGUAUCGGAAGGGGUUAUUGCCGAAGGUGGGAAGAUUGCCGUCCAUUGUAAAGCGGGGCUAGGAAGAACCGGUUGUUUGAUUGGCGCCCACUUGAUUUAUACCCACGGGUUCACUGCUAAUGAAUGUAUCGGUUAUAUGAGAAUGAUCCGUCCAGGGAUGGUGGUUGGUCCGCAACAACAUUGGUUAUAUUUACAUCAAAAUGAUUUUAGAAAUUGGAAGUUUACCAUGAUCUUGGAUACGCUGCCGAUUGCCAAGUUAGGAGGAUAUUGCUCAUUAAUAUCUUAUGAAGCUUACAAGGCAAAGCAACGGAAAGCCCAUGGCCGAACUUUUUCCCCGAUGAUCAAUAGCCGUAGAAGAGUGUCGGGUAGAAUGAAGAAUUCUUUGAAUACUGCUGUACCAAUCACGUCUCCAGGCCAGCCAAGAAAGGGAAAUAAUGGGAGAUAUGUGUCUAAUUCAUUUGUCACCAAUUCUGACGAAGAAAACAAUGAUAACGUGGCUGGAAAUGUUGCCAAUGAUGAAGAAGAAGAAGAAGAUCAAGAAGCAGACAUAUUACUGAGCAAAGAAAAUGGAUAUAAUAAGGUACAAACCAUUACGGUUAAGAAAUCUCCAAAAGUGUAUCAUCAGAUCGACAAUUCUUUAGAGGAAACUAUUCAUACAACUGCUACUAAAAAACAAAGUUUCAAAGUCAGAGACGAUAAUGAGAAAGAUGAUUCAGAAACCCCUAGGUCAAAACCUUCUUCGACAAAACAAGAAAGAACACCAACCAUUAGUGGUGCGGAAAGAAGACGCAGGUCGCCACAAUCGUCUUGGAGGGUGUUACGUUCAAUCACUUCUCCAAAUUCCAACAAGUCGCCACCACCCCAACCUUCUGCUACCUCGUCUUCUUCUUCUUCUGUCGUUUCUGGGAAAAUAAGUCCAGUGCUGAGCUCAACGCCAGCACACUACACUAGAUCUGUUACUGGUAAGGCUGUCAAAGAUAACUUAAAAGAACAAGAUUCUAUUGAAGUGGCAAAGACUCGUAGUCGUUCGGGUGCUCGAGUCAGACACAGAAUCGUUAGCCAAACUAGCGUCAAUGAGAAAGUUGUCUCUACUGGGGCUAUUCAAAAAGUAAGUCAAAGAAGGAAAAGAAGCUGA